AUGUUACAGGCCAUCGGAGCUGCGCAUGCUCCGCUAGCAAUGCAGUUUCCUCAACGAUCCUUACAUCAACAAGAACCUGAACCAGAUUACACUUUGAAGAUAGCAAACUUUACAAGAAUGCUUGCUCAAGCAAAAUCUGACAAUGAUCAUGGUAGGAUUGAAAGUGAACCGUUUUUCACAAGCCAUGGUUACAAAAUGAAGCUUUGGGUCUGUUUAAAUCUAGCAUCAUCUGGUUACGCAGGCUACAUGGGUGUUAACGUAAUUUUAAUGAAAAGUGAUCGAGAUGGAACCCUACCCUGGCCUUUCACAAAGAGAUGCAUAUUUGUUCUUGUUGAUCAGCAAGAUAUCCUUAGUCAAAGGCAAAACGUUGAGAAGGUAUUAACUCCAAGAGGAGAGGAAGAGUUUAAGAGACCAAAACAGCAUGAGAAUAGAAAUAGGGAAACACUAAAAUUUGCUAAACAUUCAACUCUGCGUACUCGUCAGUACAUUAAAGACCACACUGUGUACAUCAAGAUCCUGGUAGAUCCAUGAAGAAUAACCCCAAUUAUAUUUGGUGUGGACGCUCACCUGGAUAUAACUACAUAUACAAUGGCGACAUUCGCGAUGGUUUGCAUGUUGAAAGCUCUGGCAUUCCCCUGAAGAUUGACAUUAGUUUCUGAUUGUUAAAAUGCAAUCAAAACGUAGAGAGUUAAUUUACAAGUAAUAUCCAAUGUUGUGCUUUCUUAGCAAUCUAUUAAAAGUAGUUGUAAUUUUUAAUCUAUAUAGUUCCGUAGCAUGUUGAAGAUUUAUUCAAAUUGUGGUCAUUUCUUGCAAUAUAAGAAGAUUCUCAAAAAUUAAAGUAAACUUUGAUGACGUCAUGUCCAACAUCUUAGUAGUUCAAGUAAGCGGAAGUUCGAGUUGAGCGAGUUUUUAUUUUGGGCGCUAAUUUUCAGCCAAGUUGGCUACCGUACUUUUUAGUUAAGUGCAAGUACGACAGGCUAAUAAAACAUGAUCGAAUUGUCACAGCAGUAGCGUAACUUCAUAUUUAAAGUUAGGAUGGCUGACAACUAAGGGAGUUCGGGUACCAGCUCCUUAGGACAGAUUUUAAAAAUAGAGACUCGCAUUUCCCUUCACUGUCUGACACAGAAUUGAAGAAUUUGGAGGACAAGAAUUCUGCAAAGUUGCUUCGUAAUUGGUUUUGGUCAGUUUGUAUGACUUGGUGAGGACUGGCGAUUGAAAACCCUCACGCUUUGUAACCAAGACAUAUACGACUUAGUCAAUUUUAGCCGUGGCUUAACCCCCCUGGAAAAUUAACUUUAAUACAUGAUCCACACCCCCACUUUUAUUUCUCGGGCUAUAUCCCCCUUCCUCCAAUUGCGCCGCCUCAGUUACUGCAAUUACUAACGAAAAUAUCUUAACCGUUAGUUGCCUGACAAUGAAACAGCAAUUUGGAACUGACGUCUUAUGCCCCAGCAUUUUAGACCAGUAUUCAGUAAACUGCUCUUGUAAUAUUUCAGUGUGAUAUCAAGAGUUCUCAAGGUUGAGAUAAGUGUUAUCUCAAAAAAUCAACUCAAAAGGGAUUGAUAACACUUACCGAGACCUUGAUCAUUCAGGAUAUAUCACAAAAACCCCAACUGUUUUAUUAUACAUUGCAUUUUCAUUAAUUACUCUUUCGACAAGCAAUGACUGAGUUUGUCGCACGGAAUUAAACAACGCUUGGUUCUCAAAAAAAGCAGUGAAAACGAUUUAAAAUAUCACUAUAACAUGGACAGGGCAUGGAGCAUAUAUAAAUCUCAUUUACCUACUAAAGUUCCGAUAAAUAAAAAUGUCUAAAAGAUCUGCUUUUUGUACAAGAAAAUUCACAACCAUGUUUUUCUUCUUUUUAUUUGUGUAUUUAACUGCCGCUUGCCAUAAAAUUACAUACCUUUUAUUUUUAUUGUUGCUCAUAUUUCAGUGUGAAAACGACAUGAAGCAAGUCCAGGUAAAGGUAAGUUAAGGUUUUUUUCCAGUUACGAUAUUGAUUUUACCACAAGUUCAUAUUUUGUAAUAAUUUUAAAAUCAAAUACCUUUUAUUUUUAUUGUUGCUCAUAUUUCAGUGUGAAAACGACUUGAAGCAAGUCCAGGUAAAGGUAAGUUAAGGUUUUUUUCCAGAAACGAUAUUGAUUUUACCACAACUUCAUAUUUUGUCUGGUUUGAUUUUCAGGAACUAGUGUAAGGCUAAUUUCUUGUUGGAAAACUCCUCAAAAUGCUGGAAAUAGCUUAUCUGAGCUUUAAUUAAGAAAUCCAAAAUUUUCUGGGGAGGGGGCAUGCCCCCAGACCCCUCUAGAGGUUCGCACCUUCGGUUUUCGACUCGGUUGUCUCAGAAUCCUAGUUAUGGCCUGAUUUGCUGCCCUAUGACGUAUACUUAUUAGUUAAACCAUACAUAUAUAUGCUGGUAGCUGCAGUGAUACAGGCCGAUACAGACUUGCAAACUGGAACUUCUCCAGAUCCCCCGCUAAAUAUGGCCUCUCCAGUUACACAUCCUUUAAAGAGGCCCUUUAAUCGGUCACUGAAAAGCCCCAAUGGGGAGUGAGCUGAAUAAUAAUGUAAUGUAAUGUAUCUUAGAUGUAGUUCAUGUUUCAUUAAAAAUUGAAAGUGAUCUUUUUCUAUAAAUGGCUGUAGCACGAUGAAGAUGUGAAGCUUCUUGGACAAAAAAUGGAAGUGUUACAGGCUAUUGGGGCUGCGCAUGCUCCGCUGGCAACGCAGUUUCCACAACGACCUAAGCAUCAACAAGAACCUGAACCAGAUUACACUUUGAAGAUAGCAAAUUUUACAAGAAAGCUUGCUCAAGCAAAGUCUGACAAUGAUGAUGGUGAAAUUGAAAGUGAGUCUUUUUUUACAAGCCAUGGUUACAAAAUGAAGCUUUCUGUCAAUUUAAACGAAGCGUCGUCUGGUUACGCAGGCCACAUGGGUGUUUACUUAAUUUUAAUGAAAAGUGAUCGAGAUGGAUCCCUACCCUGGCCUUUUACAAAGCGUUACACAUUUGUUCUUGUUGAUCAGCAAGACGACCUUAGUCGAAGACAAAACAUUGAGAAGGCAUUAACUCCAAAUGGACAGGAAGAGUUUAAGAGACCAAGACAGCGUGAGAAUGAAG